AUGAAGUCUUCAGUCGCCUUGUUGGCGCUCAUUGCCGGAGCUGCUUUCGGGAGACUCAUGAACCUCCCUAGUGGAGCUGAAUAUCUCCUGGAUCACAUGGAGACAUCGUUUUCGUGCAGCGGUCGGGCGGGAUACUUCGCAGACGAGGAGCAUCACUGCCGAGUUUACCACCUCUGCACGCAACUCGGCCAAGGAGUCCAGCACUACUCGUUCGUGUGUGGCAACCACACCAUCUUCGACCAGCUCAGUUUAACGUGCCGAUAUCCCGAGGACUCGGUCCCUUGUGAAUACGCGACGUACUUCUCGUAUGUCAACGAGCGCAUCGGGAGUCCGCAUAACCUUCAUUAUGAAGGGGAUAUCGAGCGCGCAGCUCCGUAUACGACCGAACGGUACGAUCAUUUCUUAUUUGAUCAGAAGCCGACAGAAGAGGGCAGGAGCGACGGACAGGAGUAUCAGGAGGUUGAGCAGAGCUCCGGACAACAGUCAGACUUCGCACAGGAGUCCGAAUCGCAAUCUGAUUUCGCACAUCGAUUCGAUCCGCAAUCGGAUUUCGCAGACCCAUCCGAACCGCAGUCUGACUAUGUACAGCACUUCGAAGCACAAUCUGACUCCGUACAGCAAUUCGAUUCUCAACCUGUAGGCUUCUAUAUCGGCUGUGCCUCGAGCCAGAGCACUUUGCAGCUACCCGCAGGUGCCGAGCUGCUCUUGGGCCCGAUAAGAACAUCGUUUCAGUGUCCCAUGGCCUACGGAUACUACGCCGAUGCGGACAACGAUUGUCGAGUGUUCCAUGUCUGCAAUCCAGUUCAGAGAGGCGAUCGCCUCAAGGUGGAAAAAUACUCGUUCAUCUGCGGGAAUUUGACCGUGUUCGACCAGCUCAGCCAGACAUGCACUUUCCCGAACAACGCUAUCCCCUGUGGGAACGCAGCGGAGUUUUUCUACCUGAACGAGCGUAUAGGUGUUGAGAAAGCGUUCUUCCACGCGGAUGAAGACAUCGCGGCGGCUGCGAAACUCGUCCCUCUGUUCGGUCGGUAUGCAGAUUCGCCGACACAGAACGGUAGACCAGGAGGGAAACCGCUCGGCUUUAAAGGUAAAGCCUUCUUCACGAACAGAGAUCGGAAACCUGCUCAAUCGGUUAGAGAGGAUCUCAACGUCUCCGAGAUCGACAUCAGACCGGGGAACAAUCGGCUCCGGCUGCCUCUCGAUGGGGCAUCCCUGAACUUGCGCAAAAAGUCACGAACUCGUCCGGUGCGCGGGAAAAAGGCCGCCGGACGCCGCCGCUCCAGCACGCCGUCGUUCGGGAAACUUCCCGGAUACGGCAAUCGACUCAAUCUCGAUGUCAUUAACUUCCGUGACAACGAUUUCAACGUCAAGAGACUCGAGUUGAUGUCCGGUCAAAGGAAGUCACGGCAACGCACCGCUCAGCAAACACGACACCAAGCCGAAAGGAAAACUGUCACAAACCAGGAGCGACAAACGGCCGAAUCUUUUGGAGAACCUCACAUCGACAACAGAUACGCUCUAACGACGAAAGCGCCUAGCAACCAGAGAACAUCGGUUUUGGGCGAUUCGGACGAAAGCGACGAUAAGCCUCCGAGUGCGAAAGGAGCGGACGAGCUUCCGAAGCCGUCGACCGCAAGCACCCCGAGAAAGCAAACCGAGGCCCCGACGACGACACACGGAGCCAAUAUCGACGCGAAGGCUGUCGAUGAUACAAAAACUCAGCCUCGCCUCGUGAGGGAAAAAUCGGAUACGAAAGAAAUGCCAAACAGAAGCAGCGCAGAACUCGUCACGAAGCCUCCGAGUAAGAAAUCUCAACCGGAGUCCGAAUUGAAAGAAACGGAUCGAGUAAUUCCUGCGAAAACUCCCGCGCCGAUAAAACUUUCAGCCGCAGCGAAAUCAAGUGGUCAGAAACAGACUCCGACGAAAAGUACCAGCGCAGUCAAGAAAGUGAGCAAGAAAACGGAGGGAUCUCAUCAAGGCGGGAAAAUUAAAAAAAGGGUUCCCUCGAAGGUCGGAGUGUCCGAAACAGCUGGCAAACCCAACUCCGAAUCAACAGCUCCGCUCAAGCCAAAAGCCAGCGAUACAGCUGGUGCACCGCAAGCUACACGCAAGCAGACGAAAAUCCUAUCAACAGCUGCGCCAGCUGUGAGCACAACGCCAUCUGCACAGGAGACCAGCACACCCAGCUCCAAGUCCGUCCAGUACCGCAUCGAAGAACGAUACGACAUCGUCCCGGGUUCCGAGUGCCAUUUCAACAACAACCCAAGACACUGGAACGGCCACGAUGUCUCCCCUCCCGUCGACCCCGAUGCCAUCGGAGAAGGAGUCGAGAAGCCCGGAUGCCGAAUCGUUCAGAUCGACGGAGGCACCGAGAUCUCGGAAUACAAACUCCCCGAUGAUCGUGGUUACGAUACCUCCUCUGUCGGCAAUUACUUCAAGCACAACGACUGA